AUGGGACUUCUUGAGCUGCUAGGAAGCUCGUUAUUUGCUGAUCCAGGUAACUGUACUGGCUACCAAGUGCUCUACGAUAAAUUGGUUUUACAGGUCCAAUGCUUAAAUGCCAAGGACACAUUGCAGUGUCUGUGCAAAGUCCCGUUUGAUAGGCUGAACUCUGCUCUGAACGUGAACGGAACGGACGGUCAUUCUGACUACAACUUUUCACCCUCCAUCGAUGGCGAUAUCGUAACGGAUCGGGGAAGUGUUCUUCUCAAGAAGCAUAAAUAUGCCAGGGUUCCGAUCAUCGCGGGCACCAACACAGACGAAGGGACAGCGUUUGGGCCCAUGGGGGUCAAUACAACGGAACAAUUCUACGAAUAUCUCACGGAUGGCCAACACGGAGGUCCAUUCAAACUGCCACAUUCCAUCGCGAUGCAUAUCCUACACUUGAACCCUGACGAGCCCUCCCAAGGCACUCCGGAAUCUCUCGGAUCCGAACGUGUGCCUUCCAAGGGCUAUCGAUGGCGUCGCACGUCGGCGUACGUAGGUGACGUUGCAAUUCAUGCCAACCGACGCCGGCAAUGCGAGGCAUGGAGCGAGACCUUGACGCUAGCGUACUGCUACCGCUUCAAUGUCCACUCGACUGAUGUUGCGUUUGUUGAAGGCUCAACUCACUUCGAGGAGGUGGCUUUUGUGUUCCACAACAUCGGGGGAGUAGGAUACGAUUACGGUAAACCGUUUGCGGGCGUGCCGGAGUCAUACAAGCAGCUCAGCAAGCUGAUGGCGAGCAUGUGGGCAUCGUUUAUCCAUGAUCUGGAUCCAAACUCAGGCGUUGGAAGCUCGUCCGUGCACUGGGACCCGUAUAGUCGACAUGAGCCAGUUGAUCUGCUCUUUGAUGCUAAUGUGACUAGUCACAUGGAGCCUGACACAUGGAGGAAGAAGCAGAUCCACUACAUCAACUCCAUGGCUCAUAAGUAUAGGCGGUGA